AUGGACGCACUGUUGGCCAAGCUCGGGUCUCAUGCGGUCAACUACGCCAUCAGAUCGGGCAUCGCACUCACUUCCACCUACGCCGUCAACCAGUGCUCGAGGCUGCUCAAGACGGUCGACGACAAAGGAGUAUACACGGAGCUCAAGAAGCUACAGAAGCUCUUGGAUAGCAAGAUCAAGAUCGUUUCACCAGCUAUUGACCUGAUCGAGUUCAAAUCUGGCCGUGGCAAUGUCUUCCUCGAGGCAGCUGUGCCUCUUGCCAAGUCUCUCCAUCGAGACAUCAUUUCUCUCGGAAAGCGGCUAAACGAUGCUGCUACUGCCGAAGAGAGCUCCCGCUCCGAGGGCAAGAAAGCCCGGAUGUCGGAAGCUCACCACUUUGAGCUGCUAACAAUUAUGAAGGAGAUGAAGGAACUACUGGCUCGCAUAGACAGAGAGAUCCCUCUGAUCCAGCUCGCCAUCACUGCCUCUGGAGAGAGGAUGAACACUACAGUGAACGCUGGCAUCUCUCCGUCGAGGCUGAUGCAGGCGAGUGCCUUCUUGUCAUUCGGAGACUCACACUUUGUGAACAACCCCAACCGAGCAGUCCCCAUCGGACCAUCCUUUACACUAUCUCUUUACAUGCUCUUCCGCGGUCAUUCCAGACUUAGCGGUGCCAGUUCCGCUCCUGCCACUCCUAGCACCGGAAGCAAGACAUGGACUAGGGAGCAACCAUAUGGCGUUGGCGAAGGCGAACGGAAACCUAUCUGGCAGGAAGUGGUACACAAGGCUCGUGUACGGCUGGUUCGUACACCGCUAGGCUGGAAGUUUGACAAGACUCGCGGAUACUGCCCCGGUGAGUCUUCUGAUGGGCACGUGAACGGGUAUAAUGCUACUGUUGAUUCGGCCCUUUCGCAGCUUGGUCGCCCAGACGAGUAUGCCUAUCACUUGGAGAUCAUUGAAGAUCUUGACGACGGGCGUGUUCAUGAGGAUGAUGAGGCACAUGGACCAUUCGAUGGCGUUGACUUGGCUGGAAUCCGAGACUCAAUCCCUAUGCACCAGGUAUCCAAGAUAUUCUACACCGACACAGGACGACUCCUGAAUAUUGGUAACGCCGAGGAAGGAGACAACAACCCGGUGCUACUCCUGAAGAGAGACCUCCACGCUCCAGAUCCGAUCGAGCUCAAACGCCAAUGGUACGCCGACCCGGACGAACAGGCAGAGGGAUCAGAAGGAGAAACAGCAUACGAAACCGCUGAAGACGACGAACAAGCUAUUCUCGACGCGCAACUGCUGGCGGAAACCAAGUCUACUGAACUUGCGGCCGCGGCAGAAGAAGGUCGAUUGAGAAAAGCACUGGGUCUACCAUCACAUCUAGACCCGGAAUGGCUCGCCCUGGAGGUCUUUGUCGAGAACGAAGACGAGUCCGACGAUGACGACGAUGGUGAUGAUAAGUCCAGCAUCCGGUCCUCCAAGUCAGCUACACCACGCGACAAGGUGGUCGACUCGAAACUCAUCGAUCAAAUCCGCAACGUUUCUUUACAGCCAUACCCCAACACGCCUCCAAACCAAAGAAAAUACGUGCCCUCCCCUCUCUCAUCGACAUCAUCAUUACCAGGCCCGGGAGCAAACGGCAAGCAGUUGUUCCAAACACCGACACAAGUACAAGGGGCGCAGAAAGAACCCAACAGCAUGGACUCGUUCGUGGCUAGGUCACCGUUCGGUGCUAUUACCUCUUCGCUGUCGCUCAUGGAAAUGUUGAUACGACUCUGCAGUCUGCAAGAGUUCCAGCAGACGUCUCACUUGUCGAUUCCAGACCAUAUUCUUACCUUUUUCUUGGAGGAGACGUCAACAACGGGACUAAGGGGGGAAGCGAAGUGGGAUGUGCGGCAUGAGGCGAAGAUGCGUAUGGGCUUUGAUCCUUAUACUGAUACCCCUACUAAGUCAACUUGA